UAGCUAUUCUUAAAAAUAAAAGAAUUACUUUUAAAAGUGUAAAAAAAUAUAACCAAUCUCAUAAAACUACCGAAAUGAUGUUAAAAUUCUGUGAAACUCUAAGAAUCUUUCUUAACAAAAUCUAAAGUAAUAAAAAAUUAAUUUACAUGAAUAAAAAAAUCUAUAAAAAAUCUAAGAAAAACAUAUAUAGUUCAACUUUUGUGUAGUGUUGCCGUUUGACUUGGUCUUGCUGUCGUGCUAGAGUUGCUAUUGCCUUCGGGUCGUCGGUCGCGAGGGCUAGCUCCUGGCAGUCGCUUUUCGUCCUUGCUGCCGUCUAGAGCCUUAGCUUUCGCUUCUAGCCUGGUCUAGAAUGCGCCUCGUUUUGGGGUUGAAGUGUGCGUGUUAAUGGCAAUGUAAUGAGUGCGCCGUGCUAAUCGUUAUGCAAUCGCCUUGCUUCGAUUUUGAGCCACAGUGAAAUGUCUCUCAAGCGUUAUGCAACUCUGCUGGCCUUCGGUCAAAAUCAAAAUCAAAAUCAAAAUCAGAACCAGAAUCAUACAAGCCCGGCCACGACAACAUCGUUGGUGGCCACAACUGAGGGGAUUCCAUCAUCAACAUCCUCAACAGGGUACGGAAGUUUUGCUAGCGAGGAGCAACUGCAGUCCCAGGAGCAUGUCUCGUCCUCAUCCUCGAUUUCCACACACACCACCUACUACACCGGCGGAUUGGGGCAAUAUCAUCAGCAGCGCGGUGGCCCAGGAUCUGUCAUUUCGGGUGUGGGCGGCGGCGGAGGACCUAGUGGACCCCAGACGUAUGCAAAUGUUGUCAACGGAAAUGUGAAUCUGCUGCUCGGCGGAGCCAUGCUUUCCCUAGUGACGACCAUAUUGUGUGUGGUCUGCUAUUGUUGCCAUCGGAAUAUCAAAAAGCGUACAGAGGCGGCCUACAGACAGCAGCAGCAUCAGUGGCUCGAAGGCGAUCCCAACAUGGAAAUAUACAGCGUAGAACAGUGCUACGAGACAUCUGGCCUGUUCCUAGGCGACUCCACCGAUGGCCUGUCUGCCGUGCCCGCCCUGCAUCAUGAACCACCGCCAUCGUAUGACGCAGUGGUGUUGCACGAACAGCAACUCCACCAGCAACAAUUGGAACAGCAGCAGCAGCAACAGUUGCAAAUGCAACUGCAGCAGCAACAGCAACUUCUAAUGCAGCGCGUCUCACCACCGCCAGGCUAUCGAUCCUCAUUGGACAUCAGCGGGCAGCCGGGUACGAGCUUUGGCCGCGGAACACCUGAUGGCAGUGUGGAUGCAGUGGCCAGUGGCAGUGCCGCAGGUGGCGGAUCAGGCGGCAUGCUGGUCAACAAGCAGUUACAAUUGGCCCUAAACGCCCAAUCCUGUUGCUCGCUGCAGAGGGCGGAGGUGGAGAGCAUGUGGAAUGCUGCGGCGGCGGCUGUGGCUGCCCGGAGCGGAAAUUGCCUGGAAAUGGAGACGCUGCAGGUACGUAAGCCGACGCAGAACAUCAGAUUGAACACCUUCGGGCGGCGGUACCUGCAGCAGAGCCAUCAGCAUAGUGGCAACCACUACCGACGCGGCUGUCCGCUGUGCGGCAAGUUCCGCUAUGAAGGUGAGGCGGAAGAUGAGCCUCUAACCGCAUUGUCUGUGGAGAGCGGUCUGAAUAUGGGUGGGCGAAGGGAGGACCCGAGUAUCUGUCCCUGUCCCAGUGACAUUGACAAUGGCAACCACAUUUCUGGCGAUGCUCUCCAGGAUGAGGCCAAUGGGAAUGUUCAGGUCACCGCACUGGAUGAACCACCUCAAAAUGAUGCCAUACCCAUAACCACUGUCAAUGAUGAAAAUGACAAUGCAGCAUCAUCAUCCGACACACCAGCAACAUCCGAAACACCAACAACAUCCCACACAGCAGCAACAACCAGCAGUAACAGGCAGUUGGAGGAGGUGGAACAGGCUAUGGGCCAACUGGAGGAGCAGGAUUUGAACAACAUUAACGAGAACGGCAUCAUCAGCCUGGACAUGAGCAAAAUCAUUGACAGAUCGGGCCUGCCCACAUACGAGGGAGCCAUCAAACUGGAGUCCAGUGGUUAUGUCUGAGCCUAACGAGGAUUUUACAUUAGUUGUAAAGCUGCAAAACCAAAACCAAAACCUAAACCACAAGUGUGCUUUAACUAUGAUUAAGAUAAGUUGCGAUUGGAGGAAACUGUUUAAGCAAAGAAUUAUGAGAAGUAUUUGAUUUUCCGAUUUUGUAAUCUGAAAACUCUAUACCACUUAUGAAGAUUGCUAAGAUCGUACUAAAGUUAAUGAAGAAUAUAGCACACUUAAACUAAGCAUUUCUGCGUUAAUGAUGCAAACAAAUAUCACGCUCUCUCUCACAAGAAGCAAAAACGAAUACAAUAAUUAUAAUGUUUAAAUGUUUAGAGCUAAGCCCGUGCAUAUCCCUGUAAAUGUUCGUUUCGAAUACUCCUAUCAAUAAAAUCAAAAGUUGUAAUUGAA